AUGAUGCAUUAAAAAAUAUUAAUAUAAAAUAAAAUUUAAAUCAUUUUUAAUUAUAAGAUACAUUUAAUAGUGUAUAUCCAUAUAAAUGUAUAAAGAUAUUAAUUUAUUCUAUAGAUGAAAAAGAUUGAUUGUUUGAGGGGAUAUGCAUUUUCUGCAAUAAAAGUCCAUUCACCAAUAGCUAUAAUAGGAGGUGGAACUGCCGGACUAAAUGUGGCAGCUCAAUUAGUAGCUGAUGGUCAUGCUAUUCCAUAGCAAAUUAGAAUUUUUGAGCCAUCUAAGAUGCAUGCUUAUUAACCAGGAUGGACAAUGAUUGGUAAUUUAAUAAUCAAAUUUAGGUGGCGGAUUGUGUGACGUAAAAAAGACACUAAAGCCUAUGGAUUAAGUGUUGCCCAAGAAUAUUUCAGUUUCUGAUAGCGCUGUUACUAAAAUAAUUCCUUAAGAGAAUCAAAUAGAAACAUAAGAUGGAGGGAUAUACACCUAUGAUCAAUUAGUAAUUGCAACUGGAAUUUCGACCGAUUUUGAUUCAAUCAAAGGUAAGUCCAUUCUAAUCAUUAAUAGGUGCUCGAAAAUACCUUGAGGAUUCAAAUGCUCCUGUUGCUUCAAUCUAUAAUUAUAAAUAUGCAGAAAAAAUGAAUAGACUUGUGCAGGAAUUUGAAGGAGGAAACAUAGUGUAUACUGAACCUCCUCUCCCAAUCAAAUGCGCAGGAGCUCCUUAAAAAAUAAUAUAUCUAUCUCAUGAUCGAUUGAAUAAAAGAGGAAUAAAGACUCAUCAUCAUUUCUAUAAGACAGCUGGAAUUAUUUUUGGAGUUCCCAAAUAUGCUGAAAUCCUAACAGAAUUAUGCAAAACUAAAUAAAUAAAUUGCCAUUUUAAAUAGAAAUUGGUAGAAGUUUAAGAUCAUGUCGCCAUAUUUGAAAAUUAAGAUACAAAGGAAUUGAAAUCUGUCACAUUUGAUUUAUUACAUCUAGUACCACCUUAAGUAUUCAAAAUUAAUAAAUUAAGACCCCUGCUUAAUUCAUAGCAAAAAGUGGUUUAGGAGAUUAAGCUGGAUUUACACAAGUCCAUCCGAAUACAUUGUAACAUGUGACAUACAAAAAUAUUUGGUCACUUGGAGAUUGUUCUUCUCUUCCAACUUCAAAGACAGCAGCCGCUGUUAUGGCCUAAACACCAGUUUUAGUUAAAAACUUAAUAAGAAGUUGGAAACUUAAACAGGAUCCGCUUCCAGGAUAUUUAGGUUAUUAUUAAAACAAUAAUUUUAGGAUAUACUUCAUGCCCAAUAUUUACAAGUUAGUCCAAACUAUUACUGGCAGAAUUUAAAUAUAAUUCAGAACUUGAUGAAACUUUUCCUAUAUUUUAAUCAAACGAAAGUCGAUUGAUGUUCCAUUUAAAAAAAGAUUUCUUUCCAAUUGCUUAUUGGUAGAUCAUGGUAAGAGGCUGGUGGGGAGGUAGAGAUGGUCUAAGAUUCUUUAAAGGAGCAUGA